UCUGGGGAAGUAGCCUAUGAAAUGUUGUUAUUGUUAAAAAUCAACUUUUUUGUCCAUAUGCAUGGUUCUAACAAAGGGUUAACUAUCUGCUCGGUGAAGUGUAACAUUUAUGACACUUUGCAUUUGAAACUUGACUGGAUAUGUUGAGGCAUGUCUUUCAGCAGUUACCAACUUCCGUUUUUUUUUCUGGGGAUGUCAGUAACAACCAUUAAAGUUGCCACUUUGUCUUUGUUACAUUCUGUUGCUGCCGUUAUUUGUUCAGCGACCAUAGGUAAUGUGUGUGUGUGGGGCGGAGAAGAUCCUUUUUGACAGAUGAGAUCAUUGAACACUUUUUCUGGAAGGACUUUGGCGAGGCGUUGAACAAACAUAAUGAAGACAUGCAUGGCUGGAUCCAGAAAUUCUUGAAAUCAAGAGCAUCUGUAUCAGCGCAAUGUGAACAAGAAGCAAAAGUGACAAACAAGUUACUGUCUUCUGUCGGCAGCGUAACAACUUCACCUUCAUCUACAUCAUCAUGCUCUUCUUCGUCAUCUUCAUCAUCAUCAUCAUCACUGGGGACAUCCCGUUCAAAAUCACAACAGCCACAGUCUGCUCUGAGCUCGCUGCUCAGAUGGAACCGAAAGUAUGACGUGCUUGUGUGUCACAGCUCCGUGGACAGUGACAUUGAAGAGGCUGUACGCCUGGUCUCUUUCCUGGAGGCUUCGCCUUGUAGUCUAAGGUGCUUUCUGUGGCAGAGGGACACCUGUCCAGGAGGUGCAAUGUCCACAGAGUUAUGCCAGGCUGUGCAAAACAGCCACUUAAGGGCUCUGCUUAUCACUCCUCACUUCCUGCAGGAUGAUUGGUGCAAGUAUAUGAUGCACCAGGCUCUGGCAGAGGGACCUAUGUCCAAUCGUAUUAUUCCCCUGGUUCAGAACCUGUCCCACUCUGAGUAUCCUCAGGAACUGAGGUUCUACUUCUACAUUGACCUGAGCAGAAACCCUGACCGAGGUUAUGCUCUCGUCAACAAGACUGUUCUCAAGUACCUGAAAGACCUGGUUAAAAAUGAGAAGACAUUUGAUUGCAGCAUGGACAGCCAUGGACUAGGUGGAGAAGGCAGCCCAAAAAAAGACAAGCUGAUGUCAGAGUAUUUCCCCGCUGAGACUUCAGUAUCGUUGGAAGAGAUAGAGAAGAGAGAUGAAAGCUUCAGUGUCGUUUCCUGUAAUCAUCAACAGUGAUCAAAGCCAGCAAUAAAGGGCAAGUGGCUCUGAAUUAAAAACUGCUUCUAUUGAACCAACUCUCUCAACUUAAGUGACCCUUUUAUUGCAUCAUGUUGGUAUUUAAAGCAAAAUGAUGCUAGGGCUUUUCCUCUUUUAAUGUGUAUAACCCAAACUGGGUCUAAGCAUGUGUGAUGAAUAGGAAACCUAACCUAUAUAUCCUGUGUCCGAUCUAGAGAACUAGCCUACAGUGUGUUAUGUCCUAGGUAAACAAUGAGCACAUAUAUUAAAAAUGUGUGGUUAUAGUCUGAGCUUGUUACACAUAAUUCAGUUUAAUUGCAGCCCAUAGUUAAUGUUUACAAUAUAGAAGACACUAAAACGCCAUAAAUGCAUGUGAUCCUCCUUUGAACAGAGUAAAAACUGAGAGAGUACUUUAAUGUGGAUUAUACUGUGGAUGAAAUGACAAUAAUAGUGUGAUACAUAUAGCGUUUACCACUAGGUGGUGUAUUUUCCUCUUCUAUCCAAUCAAGAGUGCUUGUGAGGAGAUGCCAGUCACAGAUGUGUGAUCUUAUAAUGUUCAAGAUUUUACCAUUGACGACAAUGAUAACAGUCAGUGUCUGGUACAUGUGUGUGGGUGAAAUAGAGAGCGAGAGUACAAGGGGCCCACCCGUGACAAACUGACAGUGGCAUGACCUUUUUGCUGAACUGGGACUUUAAGUAAUAACAGAGGAAGUGUGAUUCCGUUUGAGAAAAUUCACAGCUUCAUGUUUUACUUAUCUCUUAAACACAACGAGAGCUCACAAGUAUGGCUCUGCUCUGCUGGUAUUAGUAUUUCAGUCCCAAUAUAUUUCUGAGUGUUUUUAUCUCUUUCAGAGAAGUCUGAACAUGUUGAAGAAUAGAACCACCCUUUCCUUCCUUUACCCAAACAAAAAAAUUCAGUUCUCUGUUAGGUAUGAUUAGCCCUAAAUGCCCUUGGCAGCACCUUCCAUUGAUAAUCAAAUAUAUGGGCAGUGCUUCAUUUCAGAUUGUUGGCAUUUUAAUGCGUAUCAACUAUAAUGUGGAAUGUCAGGUGUUCACUAAGUCAACUGGAGCAUGACAUUUGUGAUCCUGAUAUUUUUUUGAUGUAGGCAAGGGCUGUUUUUUUAUUCUUAUGUCUUUACAUGAGACACCAUCUGUCUAUAUGUUCUCUUUUUCUGCUUUUUAUUAAUCUGUAUUAUCCUCCCAUUUCCCUAUCCCUAAACACCAACAGACAUUUAGCGCCACAAUAAAAGACCUUAGAUAAUCGCCUCCUUUGUGGCAAGCCAACAUUAUAACAUAUUUAGACUAAUCUCUGAAAGACACAGAUGUUCUAUGAGGCUUUUUCUGUUGCCAUAACAAAUCCUCUUCCAGAUGACACGACAAAACAGGAAACUAAAACCAAAUCUCCUUUUUGUCACUGCACAUUUCUCUUCAUCUUGGCUGGCAACUUUUACACACCAGCAAUGCACCACCAAUGGUGUGCUAAAGCCUUGACCUAGCAAGAGUGUGUACUCUACAGCUAUAUAGUUUGACUAACAAGAGAGGGAGACUGAAAACGUACAUGAUGGCAACAGCACGAAUGGGUUGACAUUUGGACUCCUUUCAAAUACAAUGCUACGGAAAGAAAAAGUAAGUAUAGUUUUUUUGCCUCAUGGCAAAAAAAAAAAAAAAAAAAUAGCUGGGAAGAAUGCUACAAAAAUUAAGAGUCACCUCAAUGUUUGGCUCAAAAUGGUGAAUUGUCAUUUUUUAGACUUUAGUUUUUGUACGGAUUUAAGAAAUACCAUAUAACGUGUUAACUCGUGAGCUUCAGGGGUCCUGGUACAAUAACAAGCUAGCUGGUAGGUUGAUUUUGUUACCGUUGGAAAGAGACAGUAGGCUUCCCUCUGUUUCCAGUCUGUAUGCUAAGCUAAACUAACUGGCUGCUGGCUGUAGCUUCAUAUUUAUCAUACCUACGGAACUCUCGGCAAGAAAACGACAUGUUUCCCAAAAUGUCAAGCUAUUCCUUAAGCCAUCUCCAAAAAACACUGGUGUAACAUUAACAACAAUGUGACAUUGCUUGCAUAUGGAGGUUUAGCCAAACUUAACUUAACCCCUAACCCUUGUAGCGCCCAUUACGGACACUGCAUUUUAACCCAAACCUAACCAGUAUCCGGGCAAACUAAAUUUACUAGCCUGUUUAAGAUAAGUUUGUUUAAUUUGGAGUGCUAAACAUGCUGUCCACGCUAACUAAAGCAUAAUAUAAAUACAGCACAUAUUUGAUAUUCAGGUUCUGAUGAUUUUUAAUGGCUCGAUGCCAACUAAAUAUAGGCCUAGUUUAUUUGCAAUGUCUGCUUGAUAUUAGAAUGCACAGCAUUAUACAGCCUACCACUUUGUCUUCUGGGUAGUAGUCAGCUCUUUUCGCUUGUGUUGCAUGCAAAGAUGUAAAUAUUUGUUUCCAAAUCCAUGUUAAUGGUAGCCUAAAAUCUAUUUGGAUGAAAUUGUAUCCACAAGCAGUCUGCUGAAGUUUGAAUGCUCAUUCUUGGUCUACAACUAGAAUAACAUGUUGCAUGUUUUCUUUGACUAAAUUUUUUUUUUAUGGCUGAGACUAAGGUCUAAAAUUUGAUUAAGUCUGCUAAAAACUGACGAAAACUAGGAUCAAGUUGAUGAUUAAAGUUGAUGUGACUAAUACCUACAUGGACUUUUGAUUUUAGGACUAAGACUAAAGCAAUAUCUAAACAUAGCUGACAAAAGCCCCUGAAAAGGCAUGCUUUGAGUCAGCAUCCCAGCACUUUCACUAUGAAGCAACAAAUGAGGCCACAGGACGGCAAGCUGGUGUGCUUUGGAACACCAACAGUAUGGAAAAGCAAUCAGCUGUUAGUCACCACUGGGCGCUGUGGAACAGACCUGGACAUUUCUAUCUGCAAUGAGUAAAUUCAGCUUGCCAUGCUACAGCGAAGGACCAGCUGGGUUAAUUAAAGGAGAGCAGGAGACCAAACCAUACUAUGUUUUUUUUUGGCAAAUUAUGUGAAAUGAAAAUUGUACACUAAACACACAAAACCAUGUCAUCUGUCCCUCUUGCAUGUCUGGGAGAGAAGUUGUUUUCUACUAUGUCUGCAUUUGGUGCCGACAGAAUAAACAGCAGCAAUUGUA